AUGAACACACAAAAUUUCGCCACCACCGUCCCUACCAUCGCUAGCUCUGCCAUCGCCAGCUCCGCCACCGUCGGCAUCACCGCCACCGUGUUCGUGUCGUCCAGUGCCACACACCACGACAUCGACAUGCGCCCAUUCAUGGUAGUGCUCAUUGCAGUCGUGGGAAUGGUGGUCGGUAUUCUUGGGCGAGUCCUUUGGAUGAGCCGGCGGAACAGCAGACAAUCCAAGCAGCCUGACAUCGAGGAGCAGCUGGUGCAAAAGCCGCAGAAGCCGCAGAAGGGGAGGAUUACGUUGAUCUUCGAACCCGAGUUCUCCGACUCCUCAAAGGCGGACGCUAACCAAGACUCCGAGAAAGAUUCGGCCUCCUCUCGCCUCGCGAGCCUCAAGUCUGGCACCGCCUCUGGCGCACUCGAGUUCGCGCGUCCGCAUCCCCCACCAUUGCAGGCCCCUGAACGUGCGGUGCUGCCUAUCAGCACACGUCACGAUGGGGCGACGCAGUGGCCGCAGGAGAAGCGGGAGGAGACCUGCCUCGAGUUGGACGAGUUCGGGAAGGAGAGGACGAUAUUCAUUGAUACCGUUGACCAGCACGAGGAUACGAUCGCGCUCACUAUCGACACGACACCGGGUUGCACCGGCCCGUGCGAGCACGCGGAGCGCCGCGCAACGCUCUCCUUCCCGCACGCCAUCGUCGCUACCCACCUCCAUCGUCCUGCUUCCACCCUGGUCCACAAUCACGAAGAGCUUCAAGAGAUCAUGGUCGCGCCUCAAGCCCAAAAGCAAGACUUGCAAGCUGGAUUCUGA